AUGGUUGAAAAUUAUUUGUCAAAAUUAUCUCAAAAUUUGCUUGAUGUUUUAAAUGAUGAAGAAUUUUACGAUAUUAUUAUUGAAGUUGGUAAAAACCCUUACGUAAAAAUAUUUCGUACACAUGUGGUUAUUUUAUAUUAUCGUUCCCCUUAUUUGAAAAGAAUUUUAUCAACUAAUAAAAAGGAAAAUGAUAGAACUUUUGCGCACAUUAAAUUAUCAAAUAUUUCAUCAGAAAAUUUUUCAAUAAUUUUAAGAUAUAUAAUUUAUGGAGGUAAUGAUUCUUUAGAGGAGUGUGAUGUUUUAGAUAUCAUUAAAAAUUUUGGUUUUGAAAACAAUUCUUUAUUGGAACUUCAAAAAUUUUAUAUUGAUUUAAUAUCAAAAGACCCAGAUUAA